AUGUCUAUAAACUCGGGCGAAACGUUUGAUCGUCAACCCGUUAUUGACCUCAGUUCUCACAACCUGGGCAGUCGCUUAAAUGAUUCGUUUCCUAAUUCAAUGAAUGCAGCGUAUACUAGUGGUUUGGAUCAACAUAUAUCUAGUAAUGAACUGCUGAUACGACGUAACUAUAAUCAGUCAUCGUCUCAUGAGAGCCCACCUAGUGGUGUGACGAUCCCUUCAGGUGAAAGGCUUCUACUAAGCCCCUACGAGGAGGAGUUGUAUCUGCGAAGCCUUAGACUUAAUAAAGUCCCUUCUAAUAAUGCGAUACCAACGGUAACGAUGUUGGCUGAAGAUGGGAAACCAAAGAGUAAAUCUGCGGUGCCUCUUCCCUAUAUGCAAGACUUUGAACAAUUUCAAGCAGAACAAGAGAAGAAUCAUCUGCGAAGAAAACAGCAGAGUGACGAGAAUGAUUCAUGGCUAGAUGCAUUUACUAAAUGGUCGAAAUAUUCAUCUGGAAAGUUCAAACGGGGGAUAAAACAUUCCAAACCAUUGAAAAGAACACACUCUUCAAUAAGAAGAAAAGAUUUCACGGUGAAUUCGGAAUAUCAAAAGUACAACAAGCAGGGAAAGUUCAUCUUCCACAAGGGUUUCUCUGCGAGAAAUAACUCAAACAAUUCCAUUCAAAGAAAGUAUUCCGUAAAAACACACAGACGCAUGAGAUCAAGAUUUAAAAACGAACAAGAAUUAAUGUCAUACAUGCGGUAUAUCAAUAUUAGUGAGCUUGAUAUUACUGAAGUUGUUAAUGAUGAUUAUAUACGAAUGUUUUUCCUGGCCAAAAAUUCUCUUAAAAGUCUUGUUUCGGUCCAUCCCCCAAUAAACUCCUUUAGAGUUCCCUUAAAUCAGUACAAUGAAAUAUUACGCAAGGUAUCGAAACGCAAAAUAACCUCUCCAAAUCUUGUAAAGAGACCAUCUAUAUCCAGGAAAUUAUCGGCAAAAAAUAGACGUGUUUGCAGGUCAAGUACGGCACCUAUUAUUAGAAAAUCCUUUGCAGAAAGGCUAAAUCCUGAGCUUUAUGAUGUGUGGAAUUCAUAUUUGAAGGCUAUUAUUACAAAAAGAAUAGAGUUGAGAUUGUCCUGUUUGUUAAGUGAAGAUAUGUCAUCGCUCGUUUCAUCAUUAGAUAGUCCUCCGAUCAUACGCGUAACUACCGCUCCUGAGAUGGAGCAGGGAACGUCAACUAACCCAAUUAUAAUUGAUGACGAUAACGAUAAAGAUGAAAAUGAUGAAGAUGAAGAUAAUUUAUACCAAUCGAGUGCGUAUCAAAACCCUACAUAUAAUCAAAUUACCAGGACUUUGCACCAAUACGAUGUCAGUGAUAAUGACAGUGAGAUUAACAGUAGGCCAACUACAAGCGUAUUUUCUAUCCGGCAAUCAAUGACAAGCGCUGAUCAAAAUAGGCAGUCAUUCUUUUUCCCUCCUGAUGAUCCGAGGAUGCAUAAAAUAGAUGAAGAGAAGUCGAUACACAGUAUAACAUCUAGAAAUACUAUAAAUUGA